CAAGCCAGCUGAGGGGAGUGAGCGUUGUGACUCUGAAGUAGGGGGGACCAUGGAGAUCUUCAGCAUUCAGCAGUUGGUAAGUGAUGAACGAUACGAAGAGAAAGUGUGCGGUUUUGAGAGACUCUCCAGAAAUGCAGCCAAGGAGCCGGAGAUCUGGCAGCCGGGCCCACUUGGUGUAUGGGAAGCUGUCAGUAAAGAGAAGCAGAAGGCAGAAGAGGAGAGGAGGAAGAAGCUUGAGACACUCAACAAUUCCAGACUGAAGCUAGAGAGCUUGCAGGACUUGGAGGCCAUAAUCAAGCUACGCAAAAACAAGAAAAAAUGGAAGAAGGUGGUCCACCCCAAGGAACAGGAGCCAGAAGUGAUAACAGAACCUGUGAAUCAAGAACGGUUUCUGCAAGCAGCCCUGGAAAACCAGAUUCUUGUGAUUGACAAAUAUCUAGCAGAUGGAGGGGAUCCCAACGCUCAUGACAAGUUCAAAUGCACUGCCCUGCAUCGGGCCUGCCUACGGGGCCAUGCAGAGAUCGUGGAGAAGCUACUGGAAGCUGGGGCCAAACUGGAACCAAGAGACAUGCUGGAUGCAACGCCUGUGCUCUGGGCCUGCCGUGGGGGACAUCUGGAGAUCCUCAAGUGCCUGAUCAACAGGGGAGCCAAAAUCUCCACCAGGGACAAGCUCUGGAGCACUCCGCUGCACGUGGCUGUCCGGACAGGGCACUGCGACUGCGCAGAGCAUCUCAUUGCCUGUGGGGCAAACAUCAAUGCACAAGACAAGGAAGGAGACACGCCCAUUCAUGAUGCAGUUCGGCUGGGACGUUUCAAGGCUGUGAAGACGCUGCUGCUGUAUGGCGCUAACCUCAGCAUCCAGAAUGAGGAAGCAGUGACUCCAGUGGACCUGGUAAAGGACUGGCAGACAGGCAUCCGGGAGACGCUGCAGGCAUGUGCUGACCGGCAGCAUCCCUCCACCAGGAACUGAUAAGUGUGGAGGGGCUUCGGUGGCAGGGUGCUGGCUCCAGCAGCAGGCAUCCUCCUCCUCCU